CCUCUGGCUCCCCGGGUCCGGCUCAGCAAUGGGUCAGGAAUCUGGCAAACCUACCUGGCCAAAACCGGCUGGAGGCUAUCAGACAAUAACAGGCAGGAGAUAUGGAAGAAGACAUGCAUAUGUCAGUUUUAGACCAUCUUUAACCAAUCAAGAAAGGAGCUCAAGUGAACAGAGUGCUGAAUGUGAAGGAUUGGAAUUAGAUGAUGUUCAAAAGAAAAAAGCAUCAUGCUGCAGUCCACUGGUUCAAGUUCGCCCUGCAUUAUCAGGCAUACCUUUGUUAGAGAAUGCUGGAGCUGAAAUUCCCAUUUGUAGAGCAGCACUGACUCAAGCUCCUGAGACGAGUCCAUCACCAUUUUCUGCUAUACAUCAUAGUUUGGAAGGCAAUGAGACUACAAGGAGCAGUUUGAAUCUUGAUAACAGUUCUGCACACUCUUCAAGGUAUACUCCAAGAAAGUAUAAUGUUUCAUAUGUCAAAAACGGAAUUGCUUUUGUAAAUAGUGACUCUUAUGAGCCAGACAGCAGUGAUGGAGAAGACAGUAGCCAAAUUGGUAUUUCCACAGUAAAAAUGGAAACUGGCAAAUUUCAGGAAACAUUGGAUCAUAUGCUAUGUGACCUGGAAAAAGGGGUAGAUUCUCUCAGUGGUUUACAAUCUAAAUUUUCCACUUAUAAUUUAAGAGAAGGGUUUGAAGAAAGAACCCCAACAUCAUUAGUGAAAUAUUCUAGUAGUGAUACUGAAUUUAUAUGUCACAAUAACAGGACACUUGAGAGGUCUUCGGCUGAAGAUGAAGCUGUUGCAAAGAAAUACCUAAACUAUUCCAAUUGUGAGAGACAGAGGAAAAAUUUAAUUGAAGUUCCAGUCAGAACUCCGGUGGAUGUCCAUUAUGAAUUAAAUACUAGUGAUGGAAAAAAGGACCAGGGAAAUUUAUCUGAAUUGGUAGUAAGGCCCAAAGUUAGAAAACAGAUAGGUUCAAGCCAGUUGGACAGGAAAAAUCUUUUUAAUAGUGAUGAGGAUGAAAAAAACAAUGUUGAGAGGUGGCAAGAGACCUCAGAAGCUGAGGAAAUCCAUUCAGAAGGUCUUUUGAGAAGCUUGAAAGAAAAAAAUAAUUCAAGCAUGUUCUUUGACCCAAGAGACUAUGAAGGUGCACAAAAGAAAAUGAAAUAUAAUCAAAUUAAACCAGAAAAUGUAACCGUACAAGAAAGGCAAGCCAUUGUAGAUGAUAACACCUUUUGGAAUAGUUUUGAAGAUUAUUGCAAAUACUACUACACAGGUGAAGAUAGUUCAGAAUGCAGUGAUGGAGAAUGGUCUGCUUCUUUGCCUCAUUUUUCUGCUAGAGAAAAAGAUCAGUCCUCGAGUGAUGAAAGCUGGGAGACUCUACCAGGAAAAGAGGAACAUGAACCUGAGCUUCAGAGUAGUAGUAGUGGUCCUGAAGAGGAUAACCUAGAAUACUCUUUCCAAACAGGGGACCAGACUUCCUUGGAAGAGGGAGAAAUUCCUUGGUUGCAAUACCAUGAAGAAAUUGAAAGUAGUAGUGAUGAGGAAAAUGACCCUGUCAGCCAUUUUGUACACCCAGGAUUUUUCAUGCUGGAUGGGAACAAUAACCUGGAGGAUGACUCCAGUAUGAACGAAGACUUAGAUGUGGAAUGGAGGGAAAUCUCUUUGGUAGCUGUGUGGAAGAUGCACUGCAGUGAGAAGAGGCAUGAGAUGGAGCAUAAUUCAGAGGCUAUUGUAGGUAACAGGCUCCUGGAUGAAUUUGGUGAUGGGUUAGGAGUUGCCCAAGCAAUUUCUUAUGUGGAUCCUCAGUUCCUUACCUAUAUGGCAUUAGAAGAGCGACUAGCCCAGGCUAUGGAGACUGCCCUGGCCCAUUUAGAGUCUCUUGCAGUAGAUGUUGAUCAGGCUCAUCCACCUGCCAGCAAAGAAAGCAUUGACUGUCUUCCACAGACCAUCAUUACCGAAGAUCACACUGCUGUUGGUCAGGAACAAUGCUGUGCUAUCUGCUGCAGUGAAUAUACUAAGGAUGAAAUAAUAACAGAGUUACCAUGUAGCCAUUUCUUUCAUAAACCCUGUGUAACUCUUUGGCUGCAAAAGUCAGGAACAUGCCCUGUUUGUCGUCAUGUGCUUGCACCCAUCCUCUCUGAAGCAACUGCCUCCACUUCCUUCCUGUCUGAUCAUGAUUCCCUACUUUCAGUCCACACUUCUACAGGAGCUCAGUAAAAUUUAACAUUUGAAAUGAGAGAUCAUUCAGUCCAUCAAACUAAGCCUAUAAAAUCUAAUUAAUUCCAAUGUGAAAAAUAUAUAGAUAUUAAAUAUUAUAUAUAAUAUAUUAUUGUUUAGAAGGGAAGCAUUAAACUUUCUAAACCAUAUUUAGGUUUGCAAUAAAAACUGUUAUUUUCAACCUGAAAGUUGAAGCAAAUUGAACCAGUUUUUUCAGUUAAAUAUGUUAUUGUUAAUUGCAGCUAAAAUAAGCAGUAGUUAAAUCUAUCCAAAAUAAUUAUCAUUUAUGUGGCACAUUAUGUAUUUACUUUCUUGCAACUGCAGUGCAGUUAGAGCUUCUUAAAGUUAUGCUUAUAAUCUAUUUUACACAAUAUAAUGAACUUCUUGGAUUUGUCAAAAAUAGUGCCACUAAGUGACUUUGAUAAUCUCAUAUUUGCAUCAAAUGUGAAGACUCUGUGGUCACAGCAGUAGUAAAGAUUUGGUUUCACUGGAAAAAUAAAAUACAUAAUAAAACA